GACAUUUGUGUGGUGUUGUGAUUGGUUGUUUGCUCGGUUGGUGUUCGGCUGUGGUGGUUGUAGUGGUUGUGGUUGGUUCCUGACCUCUCUUAUCGUAACGAGUGGUUUAAAGUUGCAAUUUCCCGUGACCUGUAACUUGGCCUUUACCAUGUUUGUCUCAGCGGUUGCUUCUCAUGUGAGCAAGACAAAACGCACAAAGCAGCGUACAAUUGUCGAUGAAGCUACGCGUGAAUUGCACGUUCGCCGCAAUUUGGCAGAAUUGGAGAAGGAACCUUCUAUGGAGCUACGAUUUGACGUAGCCAAAGAACUUUUAUCACACCGGUCGUUUCCCAUCACAAUUCGUCGUAUUCUCACUUCGAAGAAGACGUUCGUGAACUACGUCGACGAAACCCCCGACAACAAAUACCAAAACUGUGUUUCACGCCCGUCUAAACGUGCUCCGCGCAGAUUCUGUGGCGUAUGCGGUUACUGGGGUGUCUACGCUUGUCAAAACUGCGGAAUUGGCUACUGCAGCAAGGAUUGUGAAACUGUUCAUUUGGAUACGCGUUGCAUGAAGGUGUACGCGUAAAAAAGCUUAUUUAGGCUACUAAUACUGGUUUACCCCCUGUCGAUCAUUCGCCCACAACUGCCACCAAAAAUAACCUUAAAAUAAGCGAGAAUGUACUAACUCUUUUUUGCUGCUUCGGUGUACUACUGCCAGGCGACGCACUAACCGUCUGUCU